AAGAUGAACGCAGCAGCAGCAGCAGGUGAAGGAGGAAAGGCCGCUCCCCCCAAGUUCAAGCAGAAGGAGGGCAGGCAGUUCAAGAGCAAGGCUCCUAAAGCUGGACAGAAGGGGUUUGACAACGACGUCCCAGGGAUGGAGGGUCUCGGAGACUCUGCGGUGGUUUGCCCCUGGGAGGCGUUUGGUGACAUGGAGCUGAACGAACUGGCUCAGUUUGGCAUCGUCUAG